UGUGAGGGAGAGUAGGCUAGCAAGGGCCUGGCUAGCUCAGUUGGAAGAAGAGGCUGGGGAAGCUUCCAGUGUCUCUAGUGGGCCCAGCAAGCCGUCCUACUCCAGACUGCUCGCAGCAGCAAAAUUCAGGGUAUCUGAAUUUGGACCCCCGGCAUAUAUUGCAAAAUGGGUUUGGAAGAAUGCAUAAAAAUAUAGGAGCAUGGUGUUCCGGCCAAGUCUUUUAGCACCGUACAAGUCACUGGGACUUACUUGGACCGCAAGGAAAAGCAGAGUGCUCUCUCUGAAUUCUGUGCGUGUGUCUCUGCCACCUGGAGGAACAAGGACUGAAAAGAGAAAUUACGCUGAAGAAGCAGAGCUUGGCCAGACCUAACACAAGCCUUGUCCCAGUCUUUCUCCUGGGAUUUCGGUCUCCAACUUCAAGUCUCCUCUUACCCUCCAGGGCAGGGAAUACCACUCUGUCCCUUUGCGAUUUGCCAAUGUUCCAGCUGACAGCCACCCCAGCAAGUGCCCUUGCAGAUGAGCCGGUGCACAUCCGAGUGACUGGCCUGCCCCCGUUGCAGCUGGUGACCCUAACAGCAUCUCUGAAGGAUGAGAAGGGGAACGUGUUCCGGUCCAAGGCCUUCUACAAGACGGACGAGGUUGGUGAGCUGGACCUAAUGAAGGCUCCUGCAUUUGGAGGCGACUACGUGGGGGUCCACCCAAUGGGUCUCUUCUGGUCUCUGAAGUGUCAGAAGGCUUUCAGGAGGCUACUUAAGCAAGAUGUGAUGAACAGCCCCUUCUGGGUCACUCUGAACCUCUACGACACAGUUGGUCUCCAGGAUUUCAGCACAGAAGAGCCCAUAGCCAGCCAGGUGGUCCAGCGCUGGUUUUCGGCCCCUGGGGUACAGCGGGUGCAGGUCCGAGAAGGUCGGGUGCGGGGAGCCCUUUUUCUGCCUCCAGGGGAAGGUCCUUUCCCAGGAGUCAUUGAUUUGUUUGGGGGCCGAGGGGGUCUGGUUGAAUUUCGGGCCAGUCUUCUGGCUGCUCAUGGCUUUGCCGUGUUGGCCUUAGCGUAUUUUGCCUACGAAGAUCUGCCCAAGUUACUGCAGGAGAUCGACCUGGAAUAUUUUGAGGAAGCCGCUAACUUGCUACUAGCUCAUCCCAAGGUCCAAACGCCAGGAAUUGGAGUGAUCUCCGUGAGCAAAGGUGCAGAGAUCGGGCUGGCCAUGGCCUGCUUCCUGAAGCAGGUGGUAGCCACCAUCUGCAUCAAUGGGACCACUGCCAUCUGUGAAUUUCCACUCAGGUACAAAGAUCUGGUGAUAGCACCCAUUCCCAUGUUUAUGGAGCGCAUGCAGUUUGACAUCUCCGGGGCUGUACGCCUCCUCCACUACAGGGGGGACCCCCGGGAUAAGGUGAAUCAGCGGAGCGUGCUUCCGGUUGAAAAGGCCCAGGGUUCGAUCCUCUUCAUUGUUGGAGAGAACGACGAAUGCAUGAAGAGCAGGGAGUACGCUGAGCAGGCUCUGCACCGGCUGCAGAACCACGGCAGAAACAAUGGAAGGAUGCUGGUGUACCCGGGGGCGGGCCAUCUCAUCGAGCCGCCCUACUCACCCCUGUGUUACGCUUCCCCAAACAUGAAACUUUCUUCGCCCCUGCUCUGGGGAGGGGAGCCCACUGCCCAUGCCGCAGCUCAGGAGCACUCCUGGGGAGAGAUCCUGAAAUUCUUCAGGCAACACCUUAUUCAAGCCAGAAGCAAACUCUGAGCCAGGGCUCAGGGUGGUGAUGAAGUGGGGAGACAAAAAAAUAAGACUAAGGAAGAGGAGGUUCUCCUGACUUCUCUAGGUUCACAGUUCUCCUGAAUCAGUUGUUACGACGUAGGGCAAAAAUCAAGGGCUAAUGGCACAAGAUCAAUAUCUGACAAAUUUGUAUGGAAUUUGUACUUUUUGUUAACUGAAUCUUAGUUUCUAUGCACCAGCAUACAUUGCUGUCUCAAAACUGUGAUGCCCUAGCAAAUUGAAUCAUCUUUUGUUUCCUAGGUAGGGAUACCUUGGAUCCAGGGAUUGCCGAUCUAGAUUAAUUCCCUGGAACUUCCAAGUUACUUGUGGAAAAACAAGUCACUUCUGUUUAAAAUUGAGUUUCUGACAUUUGAUAUGAAAAGUUCUAAUGUCAACAUCACAUGUAAUGCUCGUUAUUGAUUUCCAAUAGAUACUCUAUUUUUUUUUCUCAGAAUAGUGAUGUUUCUUUUUAUCCAUAAUAUAUAUUCCUUUUUUUAAAUUUUAAUCAGGAGUGGGAUUGAAUUUAAUCAUGUGAUUUUAUAGCAUUUAUUGAAAUUAGUUAUUGAAGUUAGUUAAUAAAUUUAAAGCAAUUAGAAUAGCCCAGGUUUGUAGCAAUUAGUGUAUCAGAAUUAAUUAUUUUCAUAAUGCUUUCUUCCUUCAUUCUGUUAAUGUGGUGAAUUAUAUUCAUUAAUGGACUCACGUUUCUUUUUUUGUCUGAUUUUACUAGAUGAUUUUUCUCAUAUUGACUAAUAUGGAUUUUAAAAUUUCUUUUGGAGCCAACCUGGUCAUUCCUAUUUUCUCAGAAUUUCACCCAUAUUUUCUAGAACACAUAUUUCACUUAUAAUUUUGCACAUAUCCCCUAUUAUUUGCAUUUUUUCUCUUUUUUUCCUCUCAACCUGACUUACCAAAUAUUUUUCUAUUUUGUGGAUCUUUUCCAAGAACAAUUUUUGGUUUGUUUCUUGGUGAAGUCUUUUUUUCCUGAUUCCUUGAUUUCUGUUGUUUUAAAAUAAAUUCAUUCCAUGUCCAAUUAUUUUGUGUUUAUUUUUCUGGCAGUGUUCUCAUUUUGUUAAUUUCUAGAUAGUUCCUGAUUUACUACCCCCCCACCUUUAAACCCAAGAAUAACUUUACCAGAGUACAAGGUAUCAGCUAAGGGGAAGGGGUAAGGAAAUUUGCAGUUGAGGAUUAGACUGUUACCACCUGAACCCAUGGAUCAAACUUAACAUCUCUUAAAAUGGUCAUUUUUACAUAAUCUGCUUCAUGACAAGAUGUAUGGUGGAAUGCCUAGCACUACUUAGAUUACUUCAAACAACGCUACUAAACUUGAACCUAAUCAAACCUUUAGAUCAAACUUCUUAUUGAUACAGUGCCUAGAGACCAGUUAAACCAUCUUAACGAAGAGACAAACAAAUUCAGGUUGUGGGUCAUUGUAUAAUCUGGUCUCACCAUAAGUUAAUUAGCAAUUGACUUGGUUUUUUUCAGAAGCUGGUUUCAAGAAAAAGUUGGGGAUUUUUCCUUUGUGCAAUCCCCCCCCCUUUUUUUUUCUUUUGGCAUUGGAGUGAACUAUGGAACUAUCAAGCAUUAAAAAAAGACUUAAGAGACAUAAUCAACCAAAUGCUAUUUGUGGGUUUGGUUUGAGCAAAAUAACUGUAAAAAAACAUUUUGGGGAUAAUUAGAAAAAUUUGAAUAUGGACUGAAUAUUAAAAGAUACUAUGAAAUUGCUAUUAUCUUGUUAGCUGUCAAAAUGGUAUUGUGGUUAUGUAAAAAGUCACUUUUAGAUAAAGAUGUAGUAAAGAUACCAACAUAUUUAAAGGUGAAGGGUUGUGAUAUCUGGGAAUUGUUCAAAAAUACUAUAGAAAUAUGGCAAAAUGUGAAUAAUUAUUACUUCUAGAUUGUGGCUAUAAUGAAGUUUGUUACAAUAUUUUUUAUGAGUGGUUGUAAUUUUUCAUAUAAAAAGCUAAAAAAUAAAAGAUACAAUCAAUAUAUUUACCUUUCUUACCCCAAAGGCAAGAAUUUUGGCAGGUAUUGAAUCUUUUUCUCCAUGGCAGCUCCAUUAAUUUCAGAUUACUGAUUCGUUUCACAAUAAAUACAUAUUUAAUAUACACCUAUGCUUCAACAUGUCCUUCCUACUUAUAGUUCCUUACAGCCUGUCUUUUAAAUUCUUGCCUUUAUCUUUCAUUUGGUCAUUUCCUAAAGCACAAACUCAAGUAAUUAUUUUAAAAGAUUCCUAUUCACUUGAAUCUUAACAAAUUAAAAAAUGUCUCUAUUUUGUUCGCUUUGCAAUAAUGAAUUUUAUACUUGAAGAAUUUGAUGUUAAUAGACUUUGACUUUUUUAUUUUGGCAUCCACUGUUGUCAGUGAGUCUUCUUACUUCAUCGGAUUUUUUUCUCCUUUGGUUCAGAUUUUCCCAAUUCUAUUUUUUUUUUAAUUCUGUAUCUGAAAAUUUUUUACAAUUUUCUCGUUCCUAGUGUUCUGAAAUUUCUUCAAGAUAUAAGUAGGGGUGGGUGGGUUUAUCAUUACUAUGUUAAUUCAUUUUACUUGGUACUGUAUAGUCCAUUCCAAAUUCAAGACAUGGUUGUCUUCCACUUUAUUUACUUAUUUUUUUCAAGAUUUCAUUUAUUUAUUUGAGAGAGAGAGAAAUCAAUCAUGAGUGGGAGGAAGGGCAGAGUGAGAAGAAGCAGGCUCCCCCCUGAGUAGGGAACCCUAUGUAGGGCUCUAUACCAGGACCCUGAGAUCAUUACCUGAGCCAAAGGCAGGGGCUUAAAAAACUGAGCCACCUAGGCGACCUGACUUCAGCUUUAGAUAUUUGCUUCUAUUACUCUUAUGAUCAUUUUAAUCUUUACGUUUUUUCUACUCUCUCCUUCUGGAACUCCAAUUAGGAGAAUUUUGGAGUUUCUGGAUAUAACUUCCAUGAGUAUUAAAUUUUUCUCAUAUAUAUAUAUUUUUUGUCCCUCUGCCUGCUGUCCCGAGCUCCCUGUAUUCUUUGAGAACGUUACAGUUGAAUUGUUCACCUCACUAAUUUGUGCUUCAGCCAUGUCCAAAUUGCUAUCUAGUUCAUCUCUUGGGUGUUAUUUUGAUGAUCAUUAUUUUUAAUUUUCCCAGUCUGCAAUUGGGUUUGAUUCCUUAAAGCCUGUUCUCAUUUUUCCCCUCAGCUUUACUGAGUUAUAAUUGACAAAUAACACUGAAUAAAUUUUAAGGUGUACAACUUGA